AUGAUGUCCAUGACUGGUUUUGCCGAAACCUCUGGUGGUGUGCUCACAACACAGAAUCAUCGCAAGAUCGAUGGGAACAUGACAGAUCCUGGGAGUGAUGUUCGUGGGAAUAUUGCCCGUUUAACAGCGAGAGCUCGUCAGCUGCUCGUUAACGAUACCGACACCCGUGUGGUUCGCAAUGGACUCAGUGCGUAUGAGACUUCACGGAAAAUGGCCUCAGAUGUUUGUACACGUGCGAGGGCUCCUGGUCAGACGAGUUCUACACAAGCAUCGGUAGAACUCUUUAUGGCCAGUCUUGGAUUUAAUCUGCAGGAACAACAACGUUUAUUACAACAAUUACAGGCAAGUCAAUUAUCAUUGGCGGCAGCAGCAGCGGCGGGGGGAGUUGGAAUCGUCUCAGAGGCUUCCGGUUCUUUCUUUCCACCCCACACAGAGGAUGAAUUGGGAAGUUCAUUGGAGGCUUUUGUGGCGAAUUGUAGAAAAGAAACGAUGCGACGUAAUGUGGAGGAAAUGCAUCAACGUGUUGGUCAUCUUGUGCAGGAACGCACGGAAGAUAUUAUACGUGCUGUCUGGGAUAAAUACAGUGUGGAGGUGGCAGAUGCGUUUGAGUCUUACGCUAUAAAGAGUGCAGGUGGUGGUCAGUUAACACGUGUGAAACCACCCACAAAUAAUACAAAUGCCAUCACUCCACUACAACCACGUGCAGGCGUGAUGUCGUUAUUAAAGCGACGAGAUUCUGUUUCUACACGAAUGCUAAAUAAGGUUGCCACCUUUGCACAGAUUGUGGAUACACAACCACCAUUGAGAUGGUUAACUCACUUUGCUGCUCAUAUAGCAGAUGAUACUCCCUCUAUUACAGAUGAGGUCGCUGUUCUUUGGGCCACUGUUGAGCAGAUGCUUCAACCUAUUAUGCAACAUGGUUCUGCUAGUACUAUUAUGACUUAUGUUGCCUCCAGUCGUCAUAUGAUGGAGCGAAAGGCACUUGUCAGUCUUUUAUCACGUACACUUAAAGUGGAUUCAAACCGUUUUGGAGAAUUGGAAAAUAUGCAUGCGACUCGUUUUAUUGAAGCCGUGCAGCGUUACACCUCUUCUUCUAAUCCCUGGGCUCAUAUUUAUACAGCCAUGCGUUGUGGACGUUAUGAUGCUGCUGUGAUGAUAGCCAAUAGUGCUGGAUUUCGUUUGGUGGAGGCAAAACUUGAAGCCUAUGCGAAUGCACCGAUGACACAACGCAGUACACUUCCAUCUGCUAUGGAUUUACGCCAAUUGUAUGAAGAAGAAGCUACCCGUUUGGAUCCACAUCGACAAAUUGUUUUACUCCUUUUACUUCUUGGAAAUACAGGAGAGAGCAGUGAUGUGGUGUUGUCUACUGUGGCAUCACUGUCAUCAAGGGUAGCACACUCACUUGAGGAUACGUUGUGGAUUCGAUUAUUCUGUGUACGAUCGGUGGAGGUUUGUGGAGGUGAUAAAUUACAAUCUCUAGCAGAGAUGCAGCGAUUGUUGCUUGAUGAUAUGCAGGAACUUCUCGCAUUGGUGCGUGGAGAUGUAGUACGAUUGGCAUCACUUCUCAUUCACGCCCUUCUUCCAUCAUCUGGGAUGCGGUUACUUAUUGAGAAUGAUACCACCUAUGUGGAUGGCAUUCAUCUCGCUAUUUGUUUUUACAUUUCUCAACUCUUACCUUGUGGUGAUGUGGAGGUUCCUAUUGAUUUAACUCGACUUAUUCCACAAUACUGCUCACUCGUACUUCUUGACACAGAUAAGCGUCAAGUCUGUAUUACACGCACAGGAGCCGCUAUUUUUCGCUACUUUCUCUGCACAAACCUUGUAAGUGUGUUUGUGGAUUAUUGUGGAAAUGAAUUGGUGUGUGCGAAACUCUUUGGUCAGCGUGGUGGUAGUCGUGCAGGCAGUGAUGGUGUUUUACUGCAGUGUACACCAUCUACAGAAUUACUGGAGGCGAUGGAGCGAGUGGCAGAGGCGGCGGUAUUGCGUGGACAAACAGAACUCGCCGUGCAUGUCUUUUCCGUACUGGAGAGUGCGGCCGCCCACGUACAUGAUGAGAAUCGUGCGAACUACGCGUUAAGUCGUGCUGUGCAGAUCAUCUGUCCAGCCCUUUCUCGUGCCUUUCAUCAUCCACCCACCAGUGAAAGUACGAAUCUAUUUGUACAUGCCGCCAAUCUGCAGGAUCGUGUGGUGCGAUCCAAGCGGAGUAUUCCACACACCCACGCAGAGGCCUUUCAGUUACUUUGUAAGAUGAGUGAAGUAUUCGUGAGUGCGGCCCGUAAUGAGUCUGAGGUGGCCCUCCAUCACUUCUACAGUCUUCCAUUUAUUCCCGCCAGUAAUGAGGAUGUGGAGCGGUGUGCGGAGUUGUUUGACACAACCCCCGAGUGUGUGGAUACCGCCACUCCGCCUAUUCUCAUGCUCGCCGUUCAACACAUGCUGCGACUCGCGGCGGAGUAUAAAGCGCGGGGAGAAGAAACGGCAAUGGUGCAACUGCGGCGGCGGGUGCAUGUAUUGACCAUGUGGGCUCGUUGUUGGAAGAAACAACAUGUGGGACAUCGCCUAACAGAGGAGUUGGCAUCACUUGAUAAGAUGUUUCUGCUGUAA